UCGUCAGUGGCUUUAAUCGACACGGCACCUCUAGCCGGUACUCCUCGUACUUGUCGUCGUGCUACCCCUCGACCUUCUUCUCACCCGCGUCCCCGACGUCGGAGCGCGUCGCCGCGGCGUAUAAGCCUGAGAGUCGCGAGAGCCACGUCGCCGUUGCCGCCGUGGUCCUCGUCGUCCUCGUUCCGCUGAUAGCCGCAGCCGCUGUCGUCGCCGUUGCCGUUGCACGCACGUGCGAUUGUGUCUACGACGUGCAGCCGCGUCGUCCUCGACGACAGCAUCCGGGCUCGCCUCUUGCCGGCUAGUGACUAGUGAUUUUUACCGUCGUCGUCUCGUUUCGCGCCCGGAAAGUGAAAUCAAAUUCGGGGAGUGCCGAAAGCGCGGGAGAGAAAGAGAAAGAGAGAGAGAGAAAGAGGGACCCGCGUAAUACGAAUUGAAUCUCUUUCUUCUACUCGUUGGAGAUAGAGAGCGAAGACAGGAGCGCGGAGGAGGCAGAGGCAGGUUCAGUUCCUAAGGAGAGAGAGAAAGAAAGAAAGAAAGAAGGGUGGAGGCCGGUCUGUUUUAAUCGAUCGAGAAAUAGCGCGUCUUCUCCUGUGUGUUGGUGAAGUGUCUUUUCUGGUGAAUAAUUCCACUCUUGGUCGAGGUUGUGUGUCGUUGUACAGUGCCUCCAAACGAUACCACAACAUCCGAUCCCAAAUGAAGAGUUCGGAGCAAAAUGGUUAGAGAGACACGUCACCUGUGGGUUGGAAAUCUGCCGGAAAACAUCCGAGAGGAUCGCAUCAGGGAGCAUUUCAAACGGUAUGGACGCGUGCAGAGCGUCAAGCUGCUGCCACGGGGCGAAGAGUGCCCUGUGGACGGAGGUUCCAGCAGUUCCCUUGGCGAAAACAAUGAGGGCGGUUCCGGUUCCAGUUCAGGCGGCGGUAGCGGUGGCGGAGGCGGGGGUUCCUCGACCAGCGGGGGUGCGUCAGCGACGGUGGCGUUCAUGGAUAUCAAGUCCGCAGCGAAGGCUCAUGCGACUGAGCAUACGCUGGACGAGCGAGCCCUUACCACACAGUACUAUGAGCCACAACAUCUUCAACACAGGUUUCCCUCUCACGGAAGUUCAGAGGAUCAUGGAUCCGGCGGCGGUAACGGGGGAGGAGGCGGCGGAACAGGCAGCGUUUCCGGCGGCGGCAGCGGUGGCGGGAGCACCGGUGCCGGGGUCGGCGGCAGCGGUGGCGGUGGCGGCGAUCGAGGAGACAGGGGAAGCGAGAAUUUCGACUCACGUGGUUCCCACGGCAGCUUCUACGGUAGCGAAAGGAGCAACCGCGUGGUUAGCACCGGGAGCGGCGGCGGCGGCGGCGGCGUCGGCGGCGUCGGCAGUCACUCGGCGGAUCCAUCGACGGGGGACUACAUAUCCCGCAACCGUCCACCACCUUCGAGCUCUUAUCACGUGACAUCGAGUAGGGCGAGGGAUCGGCUAUACCCGAGGACCGGCCCGUACGUCUCUGGGCCGCCGCCCCCGCCCCAUUUAGACCGUCAUCGUGGAAGUCUGCCGCCGUCGUCGUGGCCGGCGUACGAGCCGACGAGUUCGAGGUACGGUGGUGCGCCACCGCCACCCUCGCCCGCACCCAAUGACGCUUACCAAGACGAGCAAGGAGGCGGCGGUAGCGGUAGCACUGGUGCUCUGCGACAGCACAAGAAACAGCGCAGAAAAUCGCGCAGCGGGAGCAGCUCGCCGAGCGGUAGCAGUCGUUCCGGAAGUAGCAGCAGCAGUCGAAGCGGUAGCUCGGGCGGCAGCUCUUCCGCGGGCAGCACGUCGCCCGGUAGCUCGCCACAUCGCACGAACAACGUAGCCGUCACGGAGGACCGCAGACCGUUGGCCAUCUGCGUUAGAAAUCUGCCGACACGCAGUAGCGACACUUCCCUCAAAGAUGGCCUUUUCCACGAGUACAAGAAGCACGGCAAGGUGACGUGGGUGAAGGUCGUCGGUGCAGCCGGCGACAGAUAUGCCCUAGUCUGUUUUAAGAAACCCGAGGAUGUGGAGAAGGCACUCGAGGUUUCAAAAGACAAACAUUUUUUUGGAUCCAAAAUUGACGUGGCUCCUUAUCAAGGAUACGAUGUAGAGGACAACGAGUUUAGACCGUACGAAGCAGAACUCGAUGAGUACCAUCCAAAAGCAACAAGGACAUUAUUUAUCGGAAAUCUCGAGAAGGAUGUUACUAAAUCCGACAUCGAGAAGCAUUUUGAUUCGUUCGGCCAAAUAGUAGACGUUGAAGUUAAGAAACAAGGUGCCGUGUCGAGUUAUGCUUUCUGUCAAUAUUCGGAUAUCACUAGUGUUGUUAAGGCGAUGAGAUCGAUGGAUGGUGAACAUCUGGGUGCGAAUCGGAUUAAACUCGGAUUCGGAAAAUCAAUGCCCACAACUUGCGUUUGGGUUGGUGGUAUUGGAGAUUGUAUGUCUGAGAAAUACUUAAACAUGCAAUUCCAUCAAUUUGGACUCAUAACUCAGGUAACGAUAGAUCGUGAGCGUGGCUAUGCUUUGAUAUUUUUCGAUCAAAUAAGUUCCGCUCAAGCUGCCGUAAAAGAAAUGCGAGGAGUUGCACUUCGUGGCCGCCGUUUGCAGAUCGAUUUUGCUUCAAGGGAAUACCAAGAUGCGUUUUACAAAUAUCUCGAGCGUCAAGGAAAUGCUAGUGAAAAGUCUUGGGACUCGAGGCCUUCACCAGCAUCAACAUUUGACGUGACGAUUCCUUCUAGGCGGGAGCGUAGUAGCUUUGAUUCGACAAUGUCGGUGUCGAAUUCGACCAACAGAUUCACACGCUACGACACGCCCCCGCGAUCGAGAACGGCAAGUUAUUCGCGGACAUCCGGAGGCAGUACACCGGGCGCAAGUCCAGCCCAUCCAACGGCGAUGUCGCGAAAUAAUAGACGAUCCUAUCAGGAUUCCUAUUACGAUGCUGAUUAUGGUGAACCGACAUCGCGACGGUUUCGCAGCUAUGACGAGUUCAGUCAAGGCAGCGGGGCUAGUCACGAUGAUUAUCAGAGCAGCGUUCUUAGCGACGGCAAGCUCAAUGACGACGAUUGCCCGCCACCGUCACGACGUUAUACGGUGCAAAGCGUUGUUACAAGUGUCGAACCUGCGCCACCGCCACCGUUAUUACCUCCGCCUGACAUUCGACAUUUGCAAAAGGAACGUGUCCAUUUGCUGGAGCAACUCGAAGAAUGUCCCAGUAGCGGCGACGAAGUCGGUUUCGUGCCUAAGAAACGUGCGAAACUCGACAGCUCGACAACAAUACUAUGUGAAGACGACGAGCCAGAAAUCACAUCGUUACUUGUUACCUCGCACUCUAGUAGAAAAGGCAUAGACUUUAGACGUGUUAGUGAUAGCAAAGUAGUGAUACAUCAUAGUAGGAGGAGUAGUUGCGAGAGUAGGGGUCCUGGACUUUGUAAACGUCGUCGGGAUGCCACUAGCAGGCAUCACGAACAUCAUGAUGGAUCUCGACCAGGUACUCCUCUUGUUGACGAGCGACCGGAAAAUUUGGUACCUAGCGAGCCAAGACGAUUUAGAGAAAAGAGUCAGGACGGUCCAUUAUCGUUACCUCUACCAAGGUUUGCGGCACAAAUGUUAAACAACAACAAUAAUACAAGCAGUAGUAAUAACAACAAUGGCAGCAGCACUCGAGCAAGUAGUGCCAGUCUCGCCAAAGUUGCUAGUCCACCAUGUGCCAGCUUAUCUACUGCACCCAGUCCUCGUGCCGCUCCACAACCACCAGCUUCACCGCCUCCCAGACAUGCUAGUUCAAGUCCAACCAGUUCCGACAGUGAGACAGCACCACAGUCUCCUAGUCUGGAGGAGAGGAUACGUUCUUUGGAUGAAAAGUAUGAAAAGUGGUCUGGUUCGAGAGCAUUGAGUGCUGCUGGUGGUGAUGCAUUAGCAAAACUCGAUGCCAGUGCUUCAGAAAGAUUCCGAUUUCGACAUAAACUGCUCGAUAUGGAUCUCCAUGAGGUGCAACCUUCCGACAUUGUAAAGUCGGUUCUCGCGAAAAGAAGUGUGUUUGAUGAGGACUCUAAGCGAUUAGAGAAUUUUAGUGAAAAAUACGAACCGCGGGAAUUUACUGGUGUUAUUGGCGUUAGUUCUAUGAUCGGAAGCACCGCUGGUCUUACCACUAGUGGUGGCUGUACCAGUAAAGUUUGUCUGCAGUAUCCGUUUCCUAGUCAUCCGCCGGUACAGUCGACCAGCGGUACUUCGGUUAGUCAAGUCGGUAUUAACACGUCAUUGUCCGCGAGUUUGACCGCGACAACGACCUCGAUGGCCCCAUCGAUGUUGAAGACCGAUCCGCGGAUAGUGCAACAUAACUGCAUACAUCCAACGCCGACAACGCCGAUUACACCUGGAACUUCUAUCAAAACAGUUAGUCCUGAAUUACCACCGGUUUCUCUACCGAUCGGUAGAGAUCUUGUUAGUGGAACGGCAGCCAAUAGUGGCAACGGUAGUGGUUUAGCGUCAGCCAGUAGUCUUCUAAGCAGCAAUGGUAGCAUAGGUAGUAUUCACGCUCUUGGAGCCUCGACUCAUCGAGGAUUGAGCAUCUCUGCGACCACCACGUCGCCCACGGUGACUGCGGCGUCAAUAGAUGCUUUCUCGCCUGCAAUAACAACAGUGGUACCUAUUACGACGACCUCGUCAACCGUAGCAACAACGACGACGUCCGUAACAGGAGCGAUAUCUUCCAUGACUACUACCAGUUCGAUAGCUCCACCGUCUUCCAUAACAUCCUCAUCCAAUUCUUCCUCUUCAUCGUCAUUAUCCACAUCUUCCACAGAUUUGACUCGUUCUCGUUUAAGGAAGGAAACGAGCGGUAGCAGUCGAGAGAAUAGAGAUUCCCGCGACGGAAAGGACAGCAGAGAAUCGAAACAUAAUAAAGGAAAAGAUUGUCAGAGAAGAUCACGGAAGGAAGAAACCGACAUUGAAAGAAAUCGUAAAGAUAGGGAUGAAAAGGAAAAUUCAAAUGUUAGCGACACCAGCAAUACAGAUAAUCACAGUAAGGAGUUCAAGGAAAACAAAGAACUAAGAUAUGAACGAAAAGAACGAGAGGAAAAAGAAAGAAGGGAUAAAGAAGAUCGCGAUAGACAAGAACGAAAAGAUAAGGAAGAUCGUGAACGACAAGAGAAAAAAGAAAGGGAAGAACGUGAGAGGCGCGAAAAGGACGAGGAAAGACGAGAAAAAGAAAGGCUAGACAAGGAACGACAGGAGAAAGAUAGAAGAGAGCGAGAAGAAAGAGAACGCGAGAGAAAGGAAAGAGAAGAGAAUGAACUUAAAGAAAAAGAGAGGCGAGAGAAAGAACGUAUCGAUCGCGAAAGAAGAGAGCGAGAAGAGAAGGAACGACAAGAACGAAGGGAACGUGAGGAGCGUGAAAGGAGAGAGCGUGAAGAACGCGAAAGAAAAGAACGGGAAAUUCGUUUAGAACGUGAGAAGCAAGAAAAAGAGCGUCUUAAAAGAGAAAGGGAAGAACAAGAAAGAAGAGAGAAAGAGGAACGAGAUAAAUUAGAACGAGAAAGGAGGAGAGAAGAGAAGGAACGUCUUGAACGAGAAAGAAAACGAGAAAAGGAAGAAAAAGAAAGAUUAGAGCGUGAACGGCGGAAAGAAAAAGAAGAACGAGAAAAGAUGGAAAAGGAAAAACGCGAGAAAGAAGAACGAGAGAGACUUGAAAAACUUGAGAGGGAGAAACAUGAAAAGGAGAAGCGACGAGAACGCGAAGAUCAAGAGAGGCGAGAGAAAGAGAAGGUCGAUCGCGAAAAAAGAAGAGAAGAAAAGGAUAAAGAGAAGCGAGAACGUGAUGAUAGCAGACGGCAAUCGACUGAGAAUCAUUUACAUCCCUCUAUUACCUCUCAAUCUCAGAGUCAAGUCGCUCCGGCACCGGUGCCGAUUAAGCGCAGAUGUUCGUCGCAAGAUUGUCCCACAGAUGAGGAUGCUAAACGUGUGAAACUUUCGGAUCAUCGGCGUGAUAGUAAAGACCGGUCCAGACAAAACAGAAGAUCCGAAGAUCGUAAACAUCGUAAUGAUUCGCAUCGUUCUAGUCGAGAGAGCAGGGAAAGUCGCGACAGUAAAGAAGGUGGUAAUGUAACACAAGAUAAGGACGGAACGCACGAAUCAACACGGGAAAACAAUUCGAGAGACAGCGGAAACAAGGAAAAACAGAAGAGUAAGAAGAAUCGAUCAGAAAAAGAGUCGAGGGAACGUAGCCCGAGAGUCUCGCACGAAUCUGACAAAGAAUUUCUAUCAAGGUUGGAACUUUCCAAGAGGAAUGAUUCAAGUCCAUCGACUGAGCAGUCUUCUAUGGGAACAAAUCACGCACAACAGCAACAGUCUACGGUGAAUUCUCACAGUGACGUGGACGAUGGUCCUCUUUCUACUCACGAAAUACAGGUGGCGAGAAAUCCAUCGGCUACCGAUACAGAUAGCGACGAGCCUAAGAAGCAUUCAAUCUUUGAUAUUGUCGACGACGAGCCUGCUUACAUUAGUAUGUAUGACAAAGUAAAAGCUCGUUCGACGAAGAAUAUGCAAAAACUAGAAGAAGAGAAGCGUCAAGUACGUUUAAAAGAUAAAUUUUCGCAAUUGAAGCAAAGCCGUGCUAGACGAGAGGAAAAGAAGCAAAGCACAUCUUGGGAUGGAGAUUCAGUGAGCAGCAAAGCUUUGACUGAGGACGAGGCUACUUCCGAAUCGGACUCGACGAGAACCAAGUCUCUCUCGAGAAAGGGCUCGCGAUCUCGCAUUCAUUCGGACACAAGCGAAGAAGAGGAACCAUUCAACAACAAAAUUCGCAAGACUGUGAAGACAGAGAGGUUCCUCGAAAGCGAUGUUGAUCUUGGCUUUGCCGAUACUGAGGAAAAACAGAAUCCUCUAGAAACUUCGAAUGUUAUCGUAAACAGUGUACACACGAAUAUCAAGGAGGAGCCUCAUACAUCUGACGAAGACGAACGAGCUGUUGGUUUCCGUACGAAUCAUCCUACGAUAGUGGUAAAUAAUCAUGAGAGGGAUCCACGAAAGAAGUCACACAAAAAGAAACAGAAACGUCAGAAGAACAGCAUCUCGAUUGAAGAAAAUUUGAAGGUCGAACCGAACGUAGAGCAUAAAAGUAAAACUGAUAUUAUCACGUCAAAUGCAGACUGUCGACCGAAUCAUGGCACGGAAUCUACUACUGUCACUGCUGCUACGACCAUUGUCACAACAACGUUGGAGAAUGCGGAGGAGAGAAUGCGAGCUGAUAAGAAGCAACGUAAUAAAAAGGAAAAAAGACGCGAUCGGAAUGGAGAAGAUAAAGCUAAAGCGAGACGAAAGAGGCUCAAUAGGCAAGAGGCGAGGGAUUCUCAACGUAUGGAAGACAUCUUCGGCCCUCUUUCGGACGACGUUGAUGAAGCUCCAUCUAACACGUUCUUUAACAGAUUUGGUAACAUGACGUCGGAAAACAGUGCUUAUGCUUCGGAUAGCGAUGGUGGUCGUAGCUCACUUGAUAUGGAUAGAGUAAGACGAAAGACUGAAAAGAAACGGCGUCAUCAACCAGAAGAUGAAAACAGCGUUGAUCUAGCUGAAGCUGGACGGGAGAUCGAGGCGAAACUCUUAGGUAUGCCGACUUCUCCUAAGGCCGCUCCCGCGUGUACAACUGAACCUAAUGAUCAUGAUGUUUUUCGAUUUACUGACGAUAAUGACAGCGUCGAACCGUCCACGCCUACAACAAUGCCGGAAAAAGUCAAAGAAAAAAAGAAAAAACGCAAGAAGUCGAAAGAGGAACGCAGUCGAAAGGAUUAUCAUCAUCAUCAUCAUCAUCAUCACCAUCAUCACGAAAAGAGCGGCGAAUUACCUUAUUUGGGUGCUGAACCUAGUCCACCAAGAGCGAGCAGUCCAUUAGUAUCUAAGACAAUAUCGCCCAGCUUGCCUACGUCUAGAGAAACGUUGUUAAGCCCUAUACCUAAAGUGACUUCUAACGUAUCGACUGUAUCGUCGAUUACUCCACCAGUUGUGACCAGUAACAUUCAAACUCCCAAAUCAGAGAAAAAGAAAGAUAAGCUUAUACCCGGGUUUGGUAUAGAAAUAGAUGAAACAAUUCACGAGAAUGCUGUGAAAAGUAUCUCAGAACCGGAUGAAAGAGACAGCAAUUGUCAAUCGCGAAACAGUAGGGAGGAAUCAGAAGUACCUGUACCAACGACACCACCGGUUCAGAACGAGGACAAACCACGGGUAGCGAUAUCGCAAGAAGAAACGGAGGAUGCUGUUGCUGCAUUACUUGAAGAAACGUUUGGUGCUUCGACAGAAGAUUUCUCUUACGAAGGCGAAGAGGAAGAAACGGAAACCGAUGGGGUUGUUGGGGCAUCGGCCGAGGCGCCUCAGGAGGACGUCGAGGAGAUGCAGCAAGCGGUUGAGAGUCUGAACGCCUCGACGGGAGAAGGCGAUGCGGACAUGAAACCAGAUACACCGCAAAGCGAGCACGAUCUGCAAAUUGACACGGACACGGAGGAAGAUCCGAAUUAUGAGACAGUUGAUCUCACGCAACCGCCAAAGACACCAGACAUACCGUCGUUCUACAAGUCCCCAACGAAAACAUUGCCUAUGACGUCCGUUUUAACAGCACCCGAGAAACCGGUUGAAGUACGAUUAUCAGCCGCAGCUACGAAAUCACAGAGUCCACCUUCCGUGAUCGCUCAUUCUUGGAACUUGAACGAACAUAACAAGCCACGGGAACCUGUAAAAUCUCAUCAAAUAAAGACUAAUGAUUCAGACGUUGACGUUAACAGUCCAGAAAGAACAACACAAAGAACAUCCGUAUCGCCGCCACCAUCUCAGUAUAAGCAGCCUAUGUUAGUACCUUGUAGUGUACCGAUCACAAGCGAUGUACCGAAAUCGCUCUCCGUUCCUAGUUCGCGACCAUCGCCGAUCACGGUGCAACCUUUGUACCAAAGACUUCCUGUAUCUCCACAAUCUCAAAUGGUACCGAUGCGUCAAGCUUCUCCAAAAAUGCAAAACGUCACAACAGUUACCUGCUCAUCCUCCUCUAAUACAACACCGUUGCCGCCAUUGGUCCCGUCAAGAAUGCCACCUUUGGUACCGUCGCAACCAUCGCCGCGCGUUUCUCAACCGCUUUCACCUAACGGACAAUGGUCACGAAAUCCUACGUUAAAUCCACAUGUGCCCAAUGUAGGAAAGAGAAAAUCGUCGCCGCCACCUACUAAGAUCGCUGUGUGCGUGCCCAUUCCCGCUCAUAGACCAGAAACGCCAGUUCAACAAAUUUAUUCAACUGCGGCAACUCAACAACCUGUAAUACAGCAUGCUUCGGGAAUGUUGGCACCCGCAUCUGGCUAUCCACGUGGCGGUUUACCACCGUUGACCUUAAACAUCCCGCCGCGGCCGUACAUGCCAGUACCACCGUUGGCAUCCGGCAUACAAGUUAAAAGUUCACGUGAUGCCUCCUUGAGCGGCAAAUCCGUAAUAGAGACGCUACUUCCCGUAAACCCGAACGAACCGCCUCAGAGACUAGACGAACCGAAAUUAUCACCCGCUGUUAUACCAGAGGCGACUAACAAAGCAUCUACCUCUCCUAAAGUUCCCUCUCCGAAUCAACCGCCCACGUACAUACCUGAAACGGCGAAAAUUGAGAUCAACGCUAGCACAUCCAGUCCAGUAUUCGGCAAACCUGCUUACGUUACGGAUAGUUAUACGAUGUCAUCUAGAACACAGAAGCAAAUCUCCGUGUCCAUCACAACGGAUAGUAAUUUGAUGUCGCCGAGACAAAAACAAGAGAUGUCGAAUCUUCAACUUUUAACUACGCAUGUACCUCGCUCUUCUACGCCCAGUCCUGUUAUCGUGGCUCACGGUCAAUCUCAUCUACUUCACAAAUCCGUACACUCUUUAGGUCCACCAACUGUCUCUUCUCCGAAUCAGCCAUUGAUAAAGACCGUGGUACCUAUAGUUCCCCAACCAAUAACGUCAAACGCAGCGCCAUCGAUAUCUAGUGACAAAAACAUUAUUUCACAAGCGCCCGUUGCAUGUCAGAGGCAAUCACCUGUCUCUCAAAGUCAAGUAGUCAAGUCUCACAUACCUUUGUCUACGGUAUCUACGGUAUCACAGACAAUUAUAACCAGGGUAGUACCGUCUACCAUAUCUUCUGUGUCAACUCCACCGAUGAACGAGCAAGUUAUGCCGCCGGAAUGUUUAGAACCACGUAUAAUCCAAGGACAACAAUUGGAGAUGGAGGCUGAGGCACAGAUUAAUCAAACUGUUCAACCGAUGCAACUUACACCACCUAUACAAUCUACACAACCGAUAGAUGAAAUAAAGAAGGAACUAGCUGACAUCGAGCAAGAAAACAUAGACGAAGCUACGUAUAAAGCCGAAUCCGAGAAGCCUUUGAAUCCACUAUGUAUAAAAAAGGAAGAUGUAAAACAGGAGAAACAAGAAGUGAUUAAUACAGAGAUUGCGUCAUGCGUCCCUAAGGUUGAACCUGUAGAUAUAACUGUACCGAAAGUCGAAAUGGAAACUCUUGUAAAACCAGAGCCUAUGAAUGAAAUUAAAAAGGAGGAGAUCAUAAAGGAAAAUGACGAAGUAGAAUUAGAUGAAGAACCAAUCCAAGAGGAUCCGUUGAAGGAACCAAACAUAGAUCCUCUCGCUAUCGAUUCCAAAGAAGAUCCAAGCGAUAGUAAAGAAGAUAGCGAUUACUGGUCUGCGAAGGAAGUAAACAUUGAAAGUGUCAUAAAGAAAGUUGAUGCUCUGUGCGAUGGUGAAGGCAACGAUGGCGAUGAUGAAACGCAACAGGGCAAUGAGAGCAUGAAUAGCGAUUCGCACGACACAAGCAAGAACGAGUCAGAUUGGUUUGACGCUGAAUCAACGGAGGGCGAAAGUAAAAAGAACUUCGUCUCGGGCGACGAUCACGACGAGAGUGUGGAAACGUGCGAGAACGAAUGUACGAGGAGUCGUCGUGGUAGAACGAAGAGCAGACGCGGUACUCGCGGCGGGGUUACCACCAGGCGAGGUGGCAGAAACGCAAGUGCCGUCUCUCAUCGGCGAGGUGGUAGAAGUUCCAGGGGUAGCAAACAUCACGUUGAGAAGAAUAAGUUGCCAGCUGACGUUUAUGAAUUCCACGAUGACAGCGAAGAGGACAACGCCGGUCGUCCACGGCUCAUUCUCACAAUUAAAUCUCCCGGACCAAAUGUAACUGGACCAAAUGCGCAACCGGCAACACCUGUAGCCGCGGUCAAAGAAGUCCCACCGGAAGAGUUCGUCUCUCCGGCCGCCAACACAAGAAAAUCGAGAAGAUUGGCGGAAAAAGAUGGUAGCCGCAACACAGUUGAUGACGUCAUCGAGGAUGUUGUUCGCGGAUCACCGGUAAAUAAAGGAUUAGUUAGCGGCAACGCCGGAAAUGUGCACGCUACUAGGCGAAGUACCAGACAUAACAAUAUUCCGCGUAGUACGACACAGCAAUCCAUCAUGCCGCUGACAGAACUUCGCAAGUCACCGAGGAGUAGUCGCAAAGCAGCUAGGCGAACAUCGGAGAAUAAUGAUGACAGUGGAGAGGAAAAAAUGAAGGAAGUAACAGCAACAACGCAAGAGGCACCACCAAGUAAAGAAGAACCGAAAUUAGUUCAACCGGAAAGUCCAAAAGUAGAGGAACCAGUUCAAAUUGUUACACCAACUCCGUUAAAGACGUCGGUAUCUCACGAGCCAAUGACGUUAAUCGAUCCAGUUACGGGAAUGCUGAUACCGAUGAGGGAAUCUGAGGAGGGCCAAUACAUCCCCGUGUCUACGUCGUCUGGUCAAACGCAAGCUAUCAACAAAACACUUGGCGAAUCUCGAAGCGGCGGAUUGCCCAGCGCAAGUUCGACGAAUGAAAUGCCACGAACAAAAUCUGUUUCCGAAAGUUCUGUUUUAGUACCAGUAACUGAAUUAAAGAAAGAAGCCGUUAUAGAGCACGCGCCUCCGCCGACACCAACUCAACAAAUUCAACCGCAAACUAGCGUAAUUACAAAACCACAAUCCCCGGCGGUACAAGUAACCUCCACUAUUACUGUUGCGCAAUCUUCGACAACAGGCACGACUAUCGUGACCACCGUGACUGCGACGACCGCGCCAACUACAACGGCACAACCAAUAUCUACCUCUCCUUCGCAGACGAAACCUACGAGUCUCAAGGCACACGUGCUGAAUGCCAGCAAGCUAGUAACAUCGGCUCAGCAGCAGCAGGUUAUCACGAAACCGAUAACUCCAAGUUUGCCUAAUCAAACGAUAGUACAAAACAUCGUCAAGCCACCCGCGCAAGCAAUACAGGGUCUCAAUCUGCAAAUACCACCCGGCAGAGUCGUGUCACCCAAUUUGAGUCCGCGUACGAAACAGGCGGCGCCGUUGACUCCAACGAAUGCGAAGCAAGGACAACCCAUGUCUCCUGUGCUCAACAAUACUGGAACACCACCUAAUCCCAAGCAACACCUUCUUCAAGCCGCCAAACAAACAUCGACGAUAGUGAACAUGCCACAAAAAUUGCCGAUGAACAUACAUCCCGCCAAUGUAAACGUCAGUACUCCGACACCAAGGAUUCAUCAACCAGUCUCGCAAUCCACGGCUUUAAAGGGUAUCAAUGGACAGCCUCAUCCGCUCAAUCCAAAAACGCACUUGCUGCAGGCUGUGGUUCCACCGACAGUAGCGAAUUCACCCACGCAACCGCAUCUUGUUAAUCCGCAACAAAUUUCAUCUGUUGUGAACAGUGUCCGACCACCAGGACCAAAAGCUCCUACGACUGGACCAAUGGAACCGCAAAAGGUAGAAGUGCCAAUGUCCGGUUGUAUCAUGGUGCCGACCGUGAGUCCGCAAAGUCGCAGCGUACCGAUGCCAACGUACGAGGCUCCAAUGCAUGGAAGUACAGGUGCUACUCCACCAGGGGGUCAGUAUGGUCUUGUUCCCCCGCAUCGUUCCCAGAGUCCUCCAUUGCCUCCACCUGCUCACCAUCACGCUAAUACUUCACAGAAUGAAGUCGUCAAUCAUUACGGAGGACUGGCUCGUGAUCACUAUUUGCAUUCUCCAAUGUUCCAGUAUCAAUAUCUCCGUGCGGAAGCGUUAACGGCUCCUCGCAUAGCUUAUCACAUUCCAGGAACAAGAUCACCGCACUUACCUUUAGACCCGAAACUCGAGCCUGGUAUAGAGGACAGUCACAGUCCACCUCUGGAAUUGAGACGCGGCACGAGGACGCCUCAGGAUCGUACUACCGACAGUCCACAAAUUGCUCAAGUCUACAUGUCCAUGCACGGUGCAAUGAGAUCAUUACCACCGCCUCCACCGCAGUAUACAACAAGUAAUCCAUCGUUAUCUGGUGCACCGGCUGGCGCUAGAGCGAAUUACUAUGAACCACCACCCGCCCAUUUGCGCUCUCAAUAUCCCAUGCCUGCCAGCGAAGCUCCAUCUGAGAUUGGUAGAGCUCCCACGCCGGAUAGAUGUAGAAAACAUCAGGUCGUCACCCCGCCGCUUUACGCGUCUCAGGUACCACCACAAGCGGACUCGUUUCAAAUGCUACUUCAACGUCAUCCUGUUAUGUGGCAAGGUUUAUUAGCUCUCAAGAAUGAUCAAGCGGCGGUACAGAUGCACUUUGUCUUUGGCAAUCCCAGGGUGGCCAGAGACAGUCUACCGUGUAACAGCGAUGGCUCCACACCACCGUUGAGAAUAGCGCAAAGAAUGAGAUUGGAACAAACCCAAGUUGAAGGAGUAGCAAGAAAGAUGCAAACUGAAGAUGAACACUGUAUGCUGUUAGCACUACCCUGUGGUCGUGACGAAGUAGAUGUAUUACAACAAAGCAAAAAUCUUCAAACAGGAUUUAUUAUGUAUCUUCAACAAAAGCAAGCUGCUGGAAUCGUAAACAUUGCUGCACCUGGAUCGCAACAGGCGGCGUAUGUAGUUCACAUUUUCCCGUCUUGUGAUUUUGCGCACGAAACUUUGGCAAGAAUUGCACCGGACUUACAUCACCGUGUCGCAAAAAUCGCUCACUUAUUAAUCGUCAUUGCCACAGUUUGAGGCCGAUCAGUGAUCUACUGGAUUAUAAUCUGUCCAUAUCUCUCCGCCUUCGUGCACCGCAGGACGCUUCGCAUGUGGUAUGAAGCCUGGAGUGUCCGUCUGACACACAUAGUGUGCGAUAGAGAGAGAGAGAGAGAGAGAGAGAGAGAGAGAGAGAGAGAGAGAGAGAGAGACGCAUUCAAGAAGAAGAGCUCCUUGUCUAAAGUUGUAUCAGUGACAAUCAAAUGGAUACGGAUCGGCGGUAAGCCGAUCUUUUAGAUCGUAGGCCUAAAGAACGAGGUACGAGGUUGUGCAAUGAAGCGAGGUUAGCACCUGGUUCAUCAUCGUGCGUGCCUCUCUUCGAUGAAUUUCGCGCAAGCAAGCCCAUUUCAUUCUCUUGACUCCCUUCCCCGCUCUUUCCCCCCUUCUUUCUUUCGGACGGCUUGUAACUCGCGUUAAUCAUUGACAACGUUUGUGGGAUCGACCGACGUUACUCUUGGUCUUUCUGACAAGCGGGUCAGGCACAACCCCAACCCUCAAAAAACAAGACCUUUGAUUCGUCGAUACACGACGCCCACUUACUUAUGCUCGUCCUUCCCGUAGAGGGAAUAGUAAUAAUCCGUUGCUCUAGAUGGACAAGUGGACUGCGAAGCAUAAUAAUGAAUAGGAGAACGUACACUCGUCAUUACACUUGAAUUAUUUUAAGCGAGGUUUAGGCAUUAUAAUGAUAAACUGUGUAAAUUAUAUAAGUGAGCCACCGAGGGCAUAACUACUGUGAUUUUAAGUAUUUAACGAUAACAUAAUUGCGUAUAAAGAAGAAGAGGUGACAAAAAAUAAAAAUAUAUAAGGGGAUGCCCGACUAAUGAUCCGCGCGGUAUGUGAUGUGUUUUUGUAUAAUACUGCUCUAUAUAAAUAACUAUGUAUUAUAUUAUAUAUAUAUACAUAUACUGUAAUUGAUAGUUUGCUGCCGUUGCUGCUACCGCCGGUCACGUCGAAUUAGGAUGUAAAUUACAAUGUUAGACAUCUAGCACAGAAGAAUGAGAAAAGUUGGGCUACCUAAGUAGAAUUUUCAAUCUAUUCGUGGAUCUAUCCAUCUGCGAACAUAGUGUAUCAUAAUUAUUCGGAGCAGGAUGCGAAUUUGUGAAUUAUUAUUACUCUUAGCAUACUCUUAGCGUCAUAUAAAAAGAUUUUUAACGUUACUACUUAUUCUUUAUCAUUAUGAUUAUUAUGAUUAUAAUUAAUAUUAUCACCAGUGUUUCCAGUGUUGCUAGAGUCAGUUCAAUUUAACACAUAUACACGCGUACAAACACAACAUGUAGAAAAAGACAGAAAAUUUAAUACAUUGAGAACGAAAUAAAUUAGGAGAAUCGGUCUUCUUAGAUAAGGAAGAAUCGUAAUUUGUUUAAUUUAUUUCAAUAAAUGGCUCUGGUAAUACUGAUCAUUACCCAUUCUUAUUACUGUUAUUAUUAUUAAUAUUAUUAUUAUUAAAGUACUAUUACUCCACUGCUAUUGCUAUUAUUACUACUAUACUAUUACCACUACUACUACUUACUAUUACUACUACUACUACUACUACUACUACUACUACUACUACUCUACCACUACUAUUACCGCUGCUAUUAAUUAUUAUUAACGUUAUUACAACAGACUAGUUAGGGCAUACCAAUCUGCACAUUUAAGGACGAAUGGGGCUUAUUUGUCAUACUGAAAGAAAUAGUAUGACCGAUCUCAUUGACCAUUGACGCCGCCCCAUACACACACUUCCAUCCUACAAGAGGUAGAUAUACCCGAACGGAACGGACAACGAACGAGCGGCGAAUACGAGUGAAACUUAGCGUGUUCAAAUCGCUGUUCGUCGUUCGUUCGCGCCUCAUUGUUCGUUUGUCGUGCAGUGUACACCUAUCUUUAUACCCCAUCCCUCGAUUCCGUCGUACGACGACUCAUAGACUCUUUAGCAUUCGUGUCCGAGAUAAUAAAUGCGCUUAUGUGUAUAGACCAGAGAUUACACUAUAUCACACCAAGCCGUCAAAAAAUGUUUUAAGUAAAUUAAGGAACUUAUAUCUAUUUACGAUAUUAUGCUGCUGCGCGUAGGGCGCAUGCCUCUAGCGAGUAAUCUUCAUGCAAAAGUAGCAGGGAUGGACGAAACGUGUAUAUGUUCUAAUUCCAAAUUGCAAGGACGAUUUAUAAAUAUCUUCAAGAUAUUUCGUUUUUCUGUGGAACAAAAAACUUAAUAUAUAUUUUUUCCUUUUAACAGUUUUAACAAUUAUUAUAAAACGAUGCUUAUAGUAAAGUUAUAAAUACGAUCUGAAUUUGUCGAGAUUCUGAUUUCAGAUAAUCAAUUUAUCAAAUUAUUUACUCAAAGAACCUUGCUCAUUUUUAUAUAAAUCUCCUUUUAUCUAGUAAUAAAACUUUGCUAAAAUAAAGUUAAAUACAUAGAAAAACGUAAGUAGUUAAUAAGCGAAUCGGCCAAUCAUAAUCGAAAUGUAAGGCAAUAACAUAAGCAAUAGCAAAUCAAAAGUGUUGAUUUCUUUACUACUUACGUUUUACUGCUUGAGUUUUCCAUGAACCUAUAGCCUAAAUGAUUGUUAUAGAGAAAAAAGUUUUAUAUACAUAAUCUUUAAGUCAACGCUGUUCAGAGAUACAUCUUCUCAGAGAUACAUUCUUUAAAACAUUGAAAAAAUUUACCGAGGCUGGUAUUCAUAGUCUAUUCUUAAGACCAGUCUUUUAAAAUCAUCUCAAGUACAGUUUUUAAAUGUUAAUCUAGAGCCCGAUUUUCUAACUUGUACAAAAAAAAAUUCGUAUACGAAAGUAUUCAUUGCUGCGUAUUCAUUGAUUGGUAUAUACCUUUUAAAUCUCAAAUUAUAUACCAAUUGGUGAACGCAGCGUCACUUUCGUAUUCAAAUUUUUUUCAUAUAAGUUCGAAAAUAUCCUGUAAUCUUAAGAUUGUACUUAAAAUGAUUCUAAAUAUAAAAACGUACUAUGAAUCCCGACCUGAAUAACAUUUUUCUAUUAAAUUUUCUGAUUCUGGCGGCCUUUUUUUAAGCGGUAAUAAUAUUAUAUUAUCAGUGGUUUAUCAUUCUUCAUCGAUCAUAUUUAUUACCCGAUUUAUUACUAGACGUGAGGAGUUCAAAAUAAACAAGGUUUUUUGAAUAUACGAAAAUGAUUAAAUAGAUAAGCUUCUCCGGAUAAUUCAGACAUUUAGAUUUGAGUGAUCAGAUAACAAUUAUUUCUGAUAAUUCAAAUAUUACACUAUUUAUAGUUCUAGUGCUUACAAUUAUAGUAUCGAAAAUUGAAAAUGUAACUGCAACUAGAGCGAGCAAAACACGAUUGUUCAUUGAACUUUCCUAUUUCAUCGUUUCAUUAUUAAUUUUAGAAAUGAUUGACAAUUCGACGAAUUCAUUAAUUUUUAUAUUUGUUAUUGACUAAAUCACAUACCAACAACAUUAUAACCAUCAUACGUUCCAUUCAUCCCUGCAAUUUUUAAUUAUUUUUAAGGCAGCGCGGAUACUCGCGAAGCGUGUGCAUGUACAGUGUAAAAGAUGCGUUGUGGAUAUGUACAGUCUAGAUGUAUAAUUGAGCGAGCAAGGUGAUAAAAAAAAAUAAGAAACGCGUAUAUAUUAUAGCUAUGAAUAAGUAAAUAAGGCACGGACGUGUGCACGUGUCGCGCGACGUCUCGUUUAUUUUCACAAAAGUGCUGUGUUUUCCCCCUUUCAUUCUUUCUUCUCCAGUCAGUCAUAUAGUGCAGGUACAGGAUCACAUUUUCCUGUGCCAUUGUUACGCGACGCAUGCACUCGUCAAAAGGCCUCAUCUAUCUUGUAAAAUAUCUGUGAAUAUUAUGAUUUAGUUUCUUCCUAUUUGUAGGCUACAAGGUAUACAAAAAAUGUUUACGUUAAUCAUUUAAGGAGAAUGUACAGAUAUCAUUAUAUCCUUUUUUGUUUUGUGUUUUACUGUAGUUAUUGAUAAUUAUAUGGAUAUUAACGAUAAUAAUAACUAUGAUUAAAAAGAAAAAAACUUAAGCACGGCUCGAUUGCGUCAUUCUUGAAAAACCCGCUAAUAUGCGCAAUAUAUUUAUUCUGUGUAAGAGAACUCGGUGAUAAUGUAUCAUUUGUAUAUUAGUAAUUACGUGAUCUCCUAAUAAUCGAAAAAAA